UAAAGCGAGUGAAGAGUUCAGCUCAGCUCAGUGAGGUGGGAGACGUGAGAGAGAGAAAGUCUGAGGUUUUUGACCAAAGUGAGAUGGUAUCUUGUUGACGUAGUGACACCUGAACGUCUGCAAUGGAGGUCACCACAGCACGCCUGGAAAGAGCUGGAGGACGCCAACACCACCCAGACGUGGCCACGCAAACGCGGAGAACAUCCAGAUGCAGACUUUAUGUGCUCCUGAAAAAGUACACAGAUGUAAAGUCGUCAAGAAAGAAAUCAGCCAGACCAACUCAAGUUGAAUUUGAGCAGUGGGGUCAGUCUCUGGAGAAACUUCUCACCCACCAGAUUGGACUGGUGGCGUUCAAGAAGUUCUCAAAGUCAGAGUUCUGUGAGGAGAAUAUUGAGUUCUGGCUGGCCUGUGAGGACUUCAGGAAGACCAAGAGAUCAGAAAAGCUAGCCAUCAAAGCGAAACACAUCUAUGAGGAGUUCAUCAGGAAAGACUCCCGAAAAGAGGUCAACUUGGACUUCUACACCAAAGAACACCUCGGCCAGUGCCUCCAGCGGCCAAGCAAGAACUGUUUUGAAGAAGCUCAGAGAAGAAUCUUCUACCUGAUGGAGAUUAGCACCUACCCUCGCUUUCUUCAGUCGGACCUUUACCACGCCCUCAGGGCCCCUGAGGGACUUUAGAGACCCCUAAAGCCACGGCGCUAACCGCAGCUGUGCUAAGCUGUGGCUGCCUGAGGAAGUGGAGAAGUUCAGUUUUGUCUCAGCAGUAAGACAGCUAGUGUGUAGCAUACUGCUGGUAAGCAUUUCUAAGGAUGUAGCGUAAUGCUGGUAAGCAUUUGUAAGGAUGUAGCGUAAUGCUGGUAAGCAUUUGUAGCACACUGUUGAUCAUAAAUGCUGCACCAGAUCAUCACUCUGGAGGCUUUGUUGUAGGCCUAGCUGGAGGAUCACACUACAGUAUGUGGUUGAGAGCCACUGCAAGUUCUUAUUUGUGGUUGAUCUGGGCUCUUGAAAAAAAUUUUACAUUUUUUUUUGCUGCUAAACUAGCUUAAAGGGGAAUUCCACAGAAUUUUUUUGAUGUUCUUUUCAUUUGUUCUAGAGAAACUUACCAAGUUAGCACUGCCCAUAUGGAAAUAUAGCCAUAUAUGCAUAGGCAUCAAAAAUGGUCAGACAUAUAUAUUUUCUUGUGUACAUAUAUGUG